ACAAAACCUCCGGAUCGGACAAAAACUCACUUCGCUCGCACAAAAAGUUUUGUUGACCGAAUAUCGCCCGUAGAUUUGAAGCACAGAGACUUGAAGACAGUCUCAAAUCAAGCGAGAGUCCAAGGUUCAAAUCGAAGAAAAUAUUCCUGAACUCUGAUAAAAAUGAUUCCCCUAAGGUCAUUAGUCAACACUGCCAAGUUGGUUUUGCCCAAUAUGCGGGCACUCUCAGCCAAGGCCGGCCCCCUGGUGGACCUGGCUGUAGAUAAUGAGGGUAUUGCCACAUUGACUCUGCAGAGGCCUCCAGUAAACAGUCUGAAUCUAGACCUGUUACAAGACAUAGACAAGGCUUUGGAUGAUGUAGUCAAGAAUAAGGCUAAAGCCAUGAUUUUAACAUCUUCAGCACCAACAACAUUUUCUGCCGGCUUGGACAUCAUGGAAAUGUACAAACCAGACAUGAAGCGGGUGGAGACAUUCUGGACCACACUGCAGGGUGUGUGGCUCAAACUGUUUGGCUCUACCUUCAUCACAGCUGCGGCGAUCAAUGGUCAUGCCCCAGCCGGCGGCUGCUUGCUCGCCAUGUCCUGCGAAUACAGAGUGAUGGUCGGCGGCAAGUUCUCCACGGGGCUCAAUGAGACAGCCCUGGGUAUCGUCGCUCCGAGGUGGUUCAUGGAUACCAUGUGUAACACCAUUUCUAAGAGGGAGACAGAGUUGGCUCUCACUACGGGCAGGAUGUUUAGCGUUGAAGAAGCUCUUAAGGUAGGUCUCAUCGAUGAAAUAGCUACCGACAAAGCAGACUGUAUAGAGAAAAGCAAGAAAUUCAUUAAGAAAUUCGACAGAAUACCACCAAUGGCCCGCGCCAUCACAAAGCAAAAAAUAAGAGGGGACGCCCUCGGCUGGCUGCAGAAGAACAAGCAAGAAGACCUCAAAGAGUUCUUAACAUUCGUUUCAAAUCCCAAAGUUCAACAAUCACUUGAAAUGUACAUGCAGAUGUUGAAAAAGAAGGCUGGUAAGUAAAUUAAAAAAAUAAUAAUAAAAAGUGAGAUGAAUUGUAUUCAUAGAUUUAAGAGUACAGUGUUUUAUUAUCUGUGUAAUUUAAAUCCGAUGACAGACUUUUUAUUAGUUAUUUAUUAUUAGACUAUUGGAAAUAAGAUUUUACCUUGUUUACAAUAACUAUUGUUGCUAAAUGUUAUAUAAAAGUUAACUACCUAUAUCAGGAGAUCUGCAAUUAUCAAUUGAAAUACUUUUAUAUUUAUAUAUGUUUGUGUAAAUUACUUAUGUAUUUUUGAAACAUGUAAUUAUUGCUACCAAACAAUCAAAUCUGUAAUACCUUAAAUGGUAUGAUAUUUUUAUACGCAAUGAAAUUAUGACGAGAUAUGUGUAAAUAGUUAUUGUGUUUUUUCGCAAAUAUAUACUUUGUUUUAUUA